UUUAGACUAUUUUCUCAUUCUAAUUCGUAUUACAAAACAGUGCACUGUAUUACAUGCACUCACGGUGUCUGUUAUCAAAGAAUGUCUAUGUAACAGUAUUUUGUUCUCAGUUUUGUGGGGCUUUAGAUCACAACAGUUGUAACCUUUAAAUUUAACAUUGUAACCUUUCACCACAAUUCCAAUGUGACGUGUGCAUAGGCUUUCUUUUCCUGUAAGAAUCGCAUGUGUAACCAGGAAUCAGAAGCUUCCUGCAAAACUCUGAGGAUGAGGAAAAGAAAGAGACACGGAUUUGAGUCCAAACCAUUCGCUAGGAAAACAGAGAAGGGUACCGAAACUGAACAAUUGAUGUCUGGGGGCAGCUGGUCGGUGAGGGUUAAGACACUGUUCAUCGCUUUGCUUGUCGUCUACAUUUCUGUACCAGUCACACUCCGCCUGUUCCCGGGACUUCUGGCACAGAUAGUCUUCUUUCAUUUCUUCAAAGUUCCAUUCUUUGUGGAUCUCGAGUGUCCUGCUGACCUCUCUUUGAAUCACACUGUUAACUUCUACCUCACACCUGAAGAUGGAGUCACAGUGGGGGUCUGGCACACAGUGCCCGACAGCCAAUGGGAACAAGCCCAGGGGAAGGGCCUGCCGUGGUACGAGGCUUCACUAGGAGACGAUGCCCCUGUUAUCAUCUAUCUCCAUGGCAAUGGGGGCACCAGGUGGGCUGUAUCUCACCGGGUUGGGCUCAUAAAAAUGCUUAGUGCAGCUGGAUUUCACGUUCUAGUUCUGGAAUACAGAGGGUUUGGCGACUCUACAGGGCAGCCCAGUGAGGAUGGCUUAACCACAGAUGCCCUUCAGCUGUACCACUGGGUAAAGGCACACAGUAGGGGCAGCCCUGUCUGUCUGUGGGGGCAUUCCCUUGGCACAGGAGUGGCUACCAAUGUUGCACGAAAAUUACAAGAGCAAGGAAAUCCGGCUGAUGGCGUGAUUCUUGAAGCUCCGUAUACAAACAUACGAGAAGAGGUAGCCUACCAUCCCUUGGGCCUGAUUUAUUGGCUGUUUCCAGGUUUUGAGUACUUUUUCCUGGACACCAUUGCACUGAACAACUUAGUCUUCCCAAAUGAUGAAAACCUGAAAACCAUCAGCAGUCCGCUUAUGAUCCUGCAUGCUGAAGAUGACCAGGUCGUUCCUUUUCACAUGAGCCAGGAGCUGCACAAGAUAGUAUUGCAGUCCCGCAGCUCCAAGGACGAAGUCAGGAUGUGUUCCUUCAGUGGGUCCUUGGGAUACGGGCACAAUAAAAUCUUCAAAGAUCCCGACCUGCCAAGUGUACUGUGGGAGUUUCUACAACCUUUGGCACAGAGACCAGCAUAAUCAAGAGGAGGCAAACUCCAUUACUACAAGGGGCAAAUGCGUUCCAUGUUCUACACAAGCAGGGAUUUAACAGUUUCUAAGGAACUUGUAUGACCAUAACAGUACUGAUGUUUCCCCCCCCCAAGGUAAUGUUUUUUGCACCAGUUGCACUCCAUCUUUCUUUGGGAGGUGGAUUCUCAUGUAAAUUAAAUAAAUUAAGUAUAUAUGAAUAGAUAUUAAAAAUUGAAAGUCCUAAAACUAGGCCAUUUUUGACAAGCAUGAAUGUUAAUUGAUUACACCCUGAAACUGUAAACUGUGAAGUAUAAAGCACCAGUCGAAAAGA